CAACUUCUGCCAUUCUUCAUUUGGAUUCUGGGUCGAUUACCUACUUUUCGUUCCUUUCGCUUGCUUCCGGGUUGCCAGCGGAAAUUCCUCCGGUCAGCCCUCAGACUCAAUCACUCAAGCCAUCUCAUGCGGGGCAUUCUGUCCUUUCGCCCCGCCCGCCGCUGCUUUCUGAUCCCAAUCCGAGCCAACCUCAGCUGUUGCCCCUCAACCUCAACCUCAACCGCAUUUUACUUCUCACAUCGCCUAUUCCAGCCCUUGUCCACAGCCGCCAAACCCACAGCCAAAAUGACACUCCACAAAACCCAAGAACCAGUAAUCACCUCAGUCACCGACCUGCCAACCUCGGAAGCAAAAUGGAUCACGCUCCGCAAAGUCUCGUACAUCGACCAGACAGGGACACCGCGGACGUGGGAGGUAGCGGCGCGCAAGACACGAGCCUCAUCAGCGGGGAUCGACGCCGUGGCCAUGGGCAACGUGCUGCUGCACCCUUCGCGGCCGGCCAGCACGAUCCUAGUAAUCCAGUACCGCCCGCCGCUCGACGCCUACACGGUCGAGUGGCCCGCGGGGUUGGUCGACGAAGGGGAGACGCCCGAGCAGGCGGCCGUGCGCGAGUUCCGUGAGGAGACGGGCUACGACUGCGAGGUGGUCAGCGUCAGCCCCGUGCAGGCGGCCGACCCGGGCCUGAGCAGCGCCAACAUGAAGCUCGUCAUGGUGAAAGUCCGGUUGGGUGAGGGGGAUGAGCUGCCCGAGCAGCGCCUCGAGGACGGCGAGCACAUCCAGCGCGUCGUGGUGCCCCUGUCGGAGCUGUACGAGAGGCUGGUGGAGUACAGCAAGCGUGAAAGGACCGUUGUGGCUGCGAAGCUGUUCCAUUUUGCUGCGGGCAUGGAGUUUGCGAGGACUCAGGGUCCGGAGUACAGGCUGUAGAAUGCGGAUAUAGCGGGCAUCGGUUUGCAUCGAUAGAAGGGAGUUGUGAUAGUUCGGC